CGAGCUGUAGUACGGAUACUUGCAUCAUUCUCAAGCUAGAUCCGCCAAGCCCUCGUCCUUCUCGUCUCUCAUCAUCCCCUCCAAUCGAGCUGUUGCGAUGUCGAGAAUGAAGACGUCGCGGGUGCGGCCCCAACCUGCUUCAUCUUCUUCGGAUGGCAACACCACCUCCUCCAAACCUUCGACGAUUCAUCUGAAGACUGGGCCAGCGGGCUACACUCUCCCUCAGCGUCCUUCCGACAGCACUGUGGCCAACGCGAAGCUGCGCAACGACGGGGCCAGAGGCGGAAGGCACACGCUCUCUUCGGAUACGCCUUUACCUGCUGUUGGCAAACCACCUGGCGCGCCAUACUGGUGGGUGCCGCCAGAAGCUCAGGCGUCCCAUGGCAAUUCGCACUCACACUCAAAUGGGAAUGGUAUCAAGGCCACCAAGAAGGGCCCUCUGACACCCUUCAAUGGGGCGGAGCAUGAGUCGAAAAAGGCGAUUGGCAAGGUCUCUAAGCGCCUUCAAGCUGAAUACACGCCGCGGCCUCCACCGCAAGCAAGACCGGAACAUCUCGGCAUGCCAAUGCCCGUCACACCUUUGGAGGGCCACGUCUCGCCCCUUCGUCCGCUCGAAGCGCCAGUCAUCCUCGACGUCCUCAAUGUGCCGCCGGCGGCAUCCAUGCGAGAGCUGAGAAGGUCCAUUUGCAGAGCUUCCAGGGAAUUGCAAAGAGGCCCGCCUUACUUGCCGCUGCACAUCACCAAGCCCCCCAAAGCGAGCACGGCGCGCCUGCUGCUAUCCGACGAGGGCACAGCGAUGCGAUGGCUCGGCAUCUUUUCGGGGUCCAACUCUCCCUUGAGUAAGGUGAUGGUGAGGGAUAAUAGGCUGGCAUUCCAAGUUAGCGCAAGACCACCCGAGACGAAUGCUUGGCUGGCUCUCGCGUCUCCGAUCGAUGAUGAUGACUACGUCGGGGACGCAGAGGUGGAUUUGCCCCCGGACCUGCCGUUUAGCGGGCUGACCUGCGGUGCAUGGGACGACAAGAGCCAAUUCUGUCCGGCAUGGAAAGCGAAAGAUCGGGAGAAUGGCUCGGGGGCUGUACUGCUUAUCGAUGAGGCGCGGAUGCACCUGCACGUGGAUCAAGGCAUCAUUCAGAUCGAUCUGCGCAAUAUUAAGCGUUCCAUGAUCUGCGGCACACACUUGUACUUGGAGCUACGCUGGACUCCGGCUUUCAUACUACCAAACGACCCGGUCCGCGCACUCACGGGAUGGGACGAGUACUCCAAAUAUGACGAUGAAGAUGACGCCGCAGGCCCGCCAGAGUAUCAGAGGAUGCCGUUUUUCGAUCAGAGGCACGGCCUGGUUGCACCUUAUGCCCACGUCAUUUGCCUCAAAGCGCUGCGCCCUCGCCAAAUGAUUCACAGCUUCAUCGCAUCUGUGCGGCCCCGACUAGCGCAGCCGGCAAGCUUGUCGUCCGUCGCCACGGGACCCCUCGAGCAUUUUACCGAGAGCACACUGAGAAAAUUGAGGGAGCUUUACACCAAACUUAGCUUCGACGUGGCUUUCCAGUUGGAACGCAUUGUUCGUGAUGGGCUCAUCCUGCCUCUGGAAGCGCUUAGCCUUGCGCCGCAGCUUACAGCGCUCGAUAAACGCGCCUCGAUGCAGGAUGUGGUGGAUGGGCCCAAAAGAGCGGCAGCGAUAUUGGAAAACUUUUCCGCGCGACUCAUUCGCAACAAGAGCCCCGUCAACGAAGCCGCGCAGCCUCGUCAGGCCUACAAGCGGUUGUUGCCCGCCAAGGUCAAAGAUCUGGCCGAAGAGCUGGAAAAGGCCCCUCUGCCCCAAAUCGAUUCCUCAGCGCAAUUUCGGAUUCACAGCGUUCGACUUAUGCCUUCUGGCGCCAUGUCUCUAUCUGGCCCGACCCCGGAUGCGGGCAAUCGGAUCGUGCGACAAUUUGUAGGAUGCGAUGUGCAUUUUCUUCGUCUUCAGAUGGUGGAUGAAGGGGCUUCCACGCGUCUUCGCAUGCGAAUCGAAGGCGUCAAUUCGGACGCGCUCAAAUGGAUCUUCCGAAACGCGCUGGAAAAGGGACUGGAUGUGGCGGGGAGGAGUUGGCGAUAUUUGGCCUUCAGCAAUAGCUCGCUCAAGGAAGGUACUUGCUGGAUGGUCCAUCGCUUCUCGUACGACAGCAAAAAGGUCACGGCGGAUAGCAUUCGCAACAAUAUCGGCGACUUGGCCUUUAUCAGAUGCCCCGCUCGAUACGCUGCUCGUAUGGGCCAAGCGUUCACGUCGACAAUGUUCACGAUUCCAGUGAAGAGAUCCAACGUGGUCCUUAUAGAUGAUAUCGAGCGCAAAGGGCACUGCUUCACUGAUGGAGUUGGGACCAUCUCAUCCGAUUUAGCCGAGCAGAUCAGAGGCAAGAUCAUCAGCGCUCGGGGCGGGCGACGCAGCCAGUACUCGCCCGCGAGCGUCUUUCAAAUUCGUCUCGGAGGUGCAAAAGGUAUGGUCACUCUAGACACAGAACUCCCUCCCGGCCAUGUCCGCCUGCGACCUAGCAUGGUCAAAUUUGAGAAGUCAGCCUCUCAAGCCGACGAUGAGCACGUCUAUCUCGAAAUAGCCAACGCGCCCGAUGGGCCUCUGCCAAUGUUUCUGAAUAGACCCAUGGUCAUGAUGCUUGAAACGCUGGGCGUGCCUAAAGAUCGCUUCAUGGAGCUGCUCAGCGAGGCUGUCAGCCACUUGCGCUACUCUGCCACCAACCUCACCUUGACUGCUCAGGUGUACAGACUGUACAAUGCUCAUCCACCAGGAGGCGCUGCAGCUUUGUUUGAUGCUUUGCGGCGUAUCGGCAUUGACACGCUUGACGGAGAGAAAGUCCCCUUCUUGUACGAUGCUCAUCGCGCUUUCCAGGCCUUUGUAACGCGACACAUGAAAUACCGCACUCGCAUACCCGUGUUGGAGGGAUGCUACACACUCUAUGGGGUCGCUGACGAGACGGGCUGGUUGGAAGAAGGGCAAGUCUAUGCAAGCGUAGAAGUCUUUGACGGACCUCGCGAUGGCAUCGUGCGCCCCCGGAACAUUGUCUUGCGCGGAAAAUGCUUGCUGGGUCGAUCGCCUAUGCUGCAUCCCGGAGACGUGCAGUAUGCGGAAGCGGUGUUGCCGCCUCGAGGGAGCAAGCUGAAUGCUCUUCGGAAUUGCAUCGUCUUUUCUACCAAGGGUAAACGUGAUCUGCCGUCUAAAUUGUCGGGCGGGGAUCUGGAUGGAGAUCUGUUCAACGUCAUUCAACAUCCCUCGCUGCUUACAGUCAAGACUCAGGAACCGGCCAAGUAUCCCCGCGUUGUACCUCGCAAUCUCGAUAGGGAGUGCACCGUAGCAGACAUGAUCGAGUUUUUCGUCGACUUCUUGUUCUCGGACAGGCUGGGCUUGGUCGCCACCCGACACUUGAUAUUAGCAGACGCAUCACCUUAUGGGGUCUUCGAUAGAGACUGCGUGAAGCUGGCCCACAUGCAUAGCACAGCAGUGGACUUUCCCAAAACUGGUAUUCCGGUCGAUACGAAGGAUUGUCCACCCGUGCCACGCUUGCGACCUGACUUUAUGCAAGCAGAAUUCCGAGUCGAGUGGGCACCUGCAGCCAUGCGCUCGGAGCCUCGCGAACGAUUCAACUUUUACGCAUCUGGAAAGGCCUUGGGACACUUAUACAGGGCGCUAGACAAGCCCAUUGUCGAUGGACCUCCUGUUCUCCUCACCUCUGCUCACGAGCCCAUCAGCACCCCUGGCAUGUCGCGCUCGACCAGCCCAGGCGGCGACGACUCAAGCAAAGCCAAAGAGGCUCCACAAGAUGACUGGAACAGUCAAUUGCGCAAGUACUUGGAUCCCUUUCACUCUGCAGUGCAGGUACGCGCACACCUUCCCUACGUCCGUCGCAUCAUCGCGGAGUACUACCGCUCCGUCGAUCUGAUCUCCGUGGAGUGCUCGCCAAGCGGUAGAGACGGCCCACUUUCCGAGGCGGAAAUCUUUAUGGGCUGCAUUGCGCGAGGACCACCUGGUGUGGAUGCAUCGGCGGCAAGAAGCAACACGACUCUCGACACUCUGCGAGCCCGCUACUCUGGCGUUGUCGAGCGCACUAUCGACGCUUUGCUCGGACCUGGUGCUAGCCGUCUGAAUACGCGCGAUGUCCCGCCCCCUGAUGUGGCACAGAUCAUGGACAAAGCACAGAAGGAACGCUGGCAGCUGGUGCUCGACAAGUGCUCGGCCUUCGUCGCUGCAGCGAACGAGGUCGAAGUCAGGGAAGGCGACCAUACGGGCAAUGUCUGGCACAGCGUCUCGGCCACUGCUGACGGCCAGAUCGUGGCCGGCAGGCGUAGCGCGGCGUGGGUGGUAGUGCCAUACCUGGUGCAAGCCGCCGCGACUCUAUCGAUCGUGAAUCGAGAGUGCGCCAGGUGAAGAAUAAUGCCGCGUCCACCUGCUCACUCAUCCAAAGCCUCCAUAGAAUACCUGACAGAACAAAAUAUUUUAGGAUCCGUCAUUCGUCUUCAAUACCUUUCUCGCUUUCAGGCUCUGCCGCUGCGCAUCCUCCCAGGCUUGUGCGGGCGUGACCCUUCACAUAUCGUCCCAGACCGCAAGCUUUGCAGGCCUCCCUCUCAU